AUGUCUCCAAUGGUUACUUGUUACAAUAAAGGCUGUGGAAAAGAAUUUAACAUUGAUGAUAAUGGACCAGAUUCAUGUAUUUAUCAUCCUGGACCCCCAAUUUUCCACGAUGCAUUAAAAAUUUGGAAAUGUUGUGAUAAAAAAAGUUGUGACUUUGGAACAUGGUUAAGUUAUCCUGGAUGUACUAAAGGACCUCAUUCUGCGGAGAAGCCUGUAGAUGCCGUAAAAUUAUCUUCAAAUCAAGCCAUCCGUCCAGAACCUAAGGAUCAAGUUAUUCAAUGGAGUGGUUUAAAUAAACCAGCUGAAAGAAAUAUGGAGGGAAAAGAAUUUGUUUUAUUAAAUAUUGAACCUACAUCUGGUUUGUUGAAGGCUAUAGAUUUGGAGAAAAGUAAAAUAAAAGAAGGUGAAAGUGGUGAUGUUGUGGUUGGAUCUGCUUGUAGAAAUUCUGGGUGUACGAUGACAUAUAGUGGACCAGAAGCAAAUGCUACUAUUUGUCUUCAUCAUCCUGGAACAGCUGUUUUUCAUGAAGGUAUGAAAUAUUGGAGUUGUUGUGAACGUAAAACAUCAAAUUUCCAAUCAUUCCUUGAACAAGAAGGUUGCACACGUGGCGAUCAUUGUUGGAAGAAGAAUGAAAAAGUUAACAAUAUACGUCAUGACUGGUUUAGUAGAUUUGGAUUUAUUCAUGUUAAUCUCUAUUGUAAAGGAGCAUUGCCAUCAUCAUGUAAGAUUAAAAGUAAUGGUCUUUUACUUGAAUGUGAUAUUUCUUAUGAAUUUGGUGAUAAAGAAGCUGUAUUGAGUUAUGAGUUGUUCGGUGAGAUUAUACCAAGUGAAAGUAAAGUUAAUAUGAGUGAAAGAAAAAUUGAAAUAGUUUUAAAACAACUUAACGAAAUCACCUGGCCAAGACUUUGUUAUCAAGCUUAA